AUGUUCCCGGAACGUUCACAUAACAAGAAACCUUCAGCCAAGCAACUCGGUGAUAAGGGAUACAGUAAUUUAGUGUCUCCAAAUGGUGCACGGGAACGUCAUUCAUCCGGUGAAUACAGUAUAAGCUAUCCUUCCUCACGCACUUAUGUGCGAUUAUUGAAUCCAAUGACAUUUGCGGUUCGAGCAGGAGAUGGCGUACCUCAUUUCGUUGAAGUAACGCAUCACGGUGAAGCGGACGACGUACUGCAGUGGUAUUGUAGCUGUGAACUUCGACUUCGAUGUGCUCACAUUAUCAGCGUUAUGUUAGUUCAUUUCCCUUAUGAAUUGCAGAAAAUCAACGAUAGUUUAACGUGGUGA